AAGAACUUAUUCUGAGUGUAUGCCAGUCUUUUAUCUUACAACUGUGGUUGCAUACAUAUAUAUAUAUAUAUAUAUGUAUGUAUACAUAUGAAAUACCAUUUCCAGCGUGAGGACAAUAUUUUCAUGGUGGAGUCUCUAUUGAUAAUUCAGAAUUAGAUUGACACUUUGGUCCGUUGAGAUCCCAUGUAAUUUAUCUUAUGAAGAAAGGCAAAGAAGUGUAACAUCCAAAAUUCAAGUUUUUGGAUCUUUUACUUAUUCCUAUGGCUCAUAGAGAUGACUAGCAACCUCCAAUUGCAAUGCUCAACAUGGGACCUGUUUGGAUUCUCUGUCUUAACCACCACCUGCUUACCUCUUGUUGCCCUCCAAUUUACGAGUCUAACCAUAUUUUCCACGGGUCCAAUCCAAACUCACUAGUAAUUCUCAAAUAAAAAUAAAAUGAAACCUGUAAAUUUCCGCCCUUGUACACAAAAAACUUUUAGACCGGAGAAGAUUCAGAUCCUCUGUUCCGUCCUUAUUUGAGGGAUGUAAAAGAGGACAAAAAAUGAAACAAGAGAUAUGAUUCGUUGAGGGAACAUAAAUGACUCACCGCUACGGUCAACUAAGCCAAUUGUGCAACACAAAGGCAAAAGUUUCAAAGCAAAAACCUGGUCCUACCAAACCAUGUAAGUACCGCGACCCUGCUUUUAUUUAUGGUUGGCUACGUUUUGAACCAUAUAAAGAAUUUAAUAUACCGUGUCAAAUUAACUACAUGGGGUUUCCGGAUAGGACCUCCACCAGAAAAUUUGCAUGGACUAUAUCUAUCCGUGUCCAAAGUCUUAGCUGCACUGAAAUUUUGAAUAUUUCUUCUCUGGUCCUGGUAGUACAAGUAUAUAUCGUGCAUUCUUUUCGCCUCAUUUAGUAUUGUUGGGUCCCUUCAAGAGAAGAUAAACCAAACAUGGCCGGAGGAUCAUCAGGAGGACAAUCUCUUUCUCUGCAAUACACACCCACAUGGGCUCUGGCAACAGUUUGCUUUGUUUUCAUUUCCUUCUCAAUUUUCGUGGAGCACUUGAUCCAUCUACUUUCUAACUGGCUCAAGAGACACAGGAAGGCUGCUUUAUUUGAAGCCGUAGAAAAGCUCAAAUCAGUGCUUAUGCUCUUAGGGUUCAUGUCUCUGAUACUGGCCGUAACUCAAAGACCAAUCUCCAGGAUUUGCAUACCCACCAAAGUUGGGCAAACCAUGCUACCAUGCCGGAAAAGUUCAUCGACUAAAACUACGAAAGCACUUGGUUUAAUUUCGCGGCCGUGGACCAGUAGUGCUGCCGCGGCUCAGAAUUCGUUAUCCAUGAAAGAUGUGUUUGAGGACUUUUAUUUGGGAUCAGAAAGAAGAUUGGCAGAAUCUAGUUCAAGUACUUCUGAUUACUGUGAAUCCCAGGGAAAGACUUCGUUUAUGUCACAAGAUGGAAUAAAUCAGCUCAACAACUUCAUCUUUGUGCUAGCAAUUAUGCAAAUUGUCUACAGUGUCCUCACCAUGGCUUUAGGAAGGGCCAAGAUGAGACGUUGGAAAUCUUGGGAGAUGGAAACUCAAACGGUGGAAUACCAAGUGGCUAAUGAUCCUAAUCGAUUCAGAUUUACAAGACAAACUACAUUUGGUCGCCGACACAUGAAUUCUUGCGCCAAAACAUCUAUUCUUCUGUGGAUUAAAUGCUUCUUCCGGCAAUUUUUCCAUUCAGUGGCAAAAGUUGAUUACCUCACUUUACGCCAUGGUUUCAUAUCGGCCCAUAUGUCAACAAGCAAAUCUUUCAAUUUCCAAAAGUACAUACAACGAUCCUUGGAGGAUGAUUUCAAAGUUGUAGUUGGCAUCAGCCCUUUCAUGUGGUUUAUAGUCGUCAUCUUCAUGCUUGUGGACGUGCAUGGGUGGCAUGUGUAUUUCUGGGUUUCAUUCAUCCCCCUAUUAAUGGUGCUCGUUCUUGGAACCAAACUUGAAGUAAUCGUGGCAAAAAUGGCUCUUAAACUCCAGAACCAGCACAGCGUGGUUGCAGGAACCCCUUUGGUUGAACCAAAUGAUGACCUUUUCUGGUUCGGCCACCCAAAAUUCGUUUUGACUCUUUUGCAUUUCACCUUGUUUAUGAAUGCUUUUGAGCUUGCUUUCUUUGUUUGGGUCACGGUACAAUAUGGGAUAAGAUCUUGCUACCAUGAACAUAAAGGGAUUAUCAUUAUAAGGGUGGUGUUAGCGGUGACAGUUCAAAUAAUGUGCAGUUACAUUACUCUUCCCCUGUAUGCUCUUGUGACCCAGAUGGGAUCAAAUUUCAAGCGUGCAGUGUUAGAAGGGGAAACCAUGAACAUAAUAAGACAAUGGCAUUCAGAAGUGAAAGAGAAAAGGAAAAGACAAGACUUUUCUCAAUAUUCCUAUGCUCACGACCCUUCCUCUACUACUGUAGACAGCAGUGUCACGUCCUCGAGUUCUCCUGAUAUAUCCUCUCAUCGCCGACCGCGGCCGCAAACUUUUGGGGAAAUCACUAGUUUUUCCAGUGAAACAGAGAUUGAUCAUCAAAAACAUCAAGAAAUUAGCCAAAAUGAAUUCCAACAAGUUGUAGUUUCAUCUUCCCCUGUAGACAUUGAAAUGGCCGCAGAGGUGGGACAGCACCAAAACUUGAACUAAAACAUUUUUUAAUAAUUAUAAUUAGAUUUAGAAUGAUAUAGUAGAGAGUUUUUGACCAAUAAGAAAUGGGAUUUAUAGGCAUUCAAUGUAUAUCAUCUUUUUUCUGUCAAGUUAUAAUGUUUAUUGUUUUGUAAAUUUGUGUAAAAGCAGAAGGUUCCGGCCAGCAAAACAAUUAUACUUCCCGUUCUCUUUCUCUUUAUGGUAAAUAUUUAUUUACUUAUUUA